GGUGUCUGGGAAAUGAAUAUCAACACUCUUCAGGUUUAUGAAGAUGAAAUCCAGGCUUUGGAAAAAGAAAUUAAGAUGUUAACAGAAGAGUAUGAAUGUAAUCAACAUGGGUCUUUGGCUUAUUCUAAUGGGAAGACAAAGAAAGCCACGAAAACAGUUAAAAGAACAUUCCAAGAAGACCCCAAGCAGUAUUAUGCUUCUCCAGAUCUGAAAACUCAGCUUGCUUUACUAGAGUCAGACUUCUCAUUCCUGACGAAUUUUACAGGCAUCGGGUUCAAAAACUAUUCUAAGAAACUGUUGGAGAAAAAUGAAAUUGAAACUGCAUACAAAUAUAGACUAUCAGGAAAUUGCCAGUCAGUGCCGUUUCAGUUGGAAUUCAAGCUCACGAAAGAAAAUCAGAGUAACAAAAAUGAUUAUGCUGUGGUUACUGAUCUUAACAUUAUAAUAGAAUCUGAGGAAUCUUCUGAUUUAAGCAAGCUUGUAUCCAGGGUUGAAGAGAGUGGAAAUCUUUUGCUGUUUUUCAAAAGCCUCUCCUGCUUUUCUGAGUGGUCUGAAUAUCGGAAAUGCACUUUAGCCCAUUUCAAGAACAAGUAUCCUAACAUUGUAGCACUACCUGAAGGAUUACCUGGAGAUUGCAUGAUUUUAAAGAACACUGAACUUCCUGGAUUUGAGCUAAUGAUUGUUUGGAAGAUUCAUGUAGACAAAGAUGGAAAAGUUGUACCAGUUCUGGAUCUCCUGAGUAAAAUCCCAAUGCCAGUUCUGGAAAACAAGAAGUUUGCAUCAGAUAUGCCGCACUGGUUCAGAAGCCUGCUGCAUGUACUUGGGAUAGAGGCUUCCAUUGAAGCAAUGAUCAAGUCAUUUUGCAGGAGCAAAUGAAUACUGGGAUAAUGACAAGUUAUGCAUCUAUAGCUUUAUUGAAUAUAAACAUUAAGUUAUUUUCCAUUUAGAAACCAUACCCAUAAAACAUGCUAUCUGUACAAUUAUGGCACAUUUAUAUAUAAAUUGUCAUGACAAAUAAAUACAGCCUUUUAAAUACAAAAUGCCAAAUAAAAUAUACAAGUAGAGUGAGUUUCAGUCAAAAAUUUAACUCUGAAUCAAUGUACCAAAGUGGUUUUCUUCCUGUCCAUAGCAUUUCCUGGAACCUCUUAAAAUCUACCUGAUAAAUUCAAGUCUAUAAAAAGUGGCAGUUUCAGUUCACAGCUGUGUAUGUAACAGUGAUUUUUUGAAAGACAGUGAUACUGAAAAAUCACAAGUUCCUAAUGAAAUCAAGGUUAAGAUACAAAAAAAAGUGAUCCAAUACAGUAGCCCAACCAUACCUUCUCCCACGGCC